AUGGUUGCAGUUUUUGCUAUUGCCGUGGCCAUGAUCCAGCUGGCGAUUGCGGGCCGACCUGCAGGAGGAAAUGAGGGCAUUAUCAGCUGCGGGCAAGUGGAUUCCUACUUGAUACCUUGCGUUCCUUACCUCACCACCGGCGCCGGCGACCCUGCACCCAAAUGCUGCGACGGAGUGCGUAGCUUGAAGGCCAACACCGCCACGGCCGACGACCGCCGAGCGGCCUGUGGCUGUGUCAAGGCCGCCGCCGGCCGUUACCCGGUGAAGGACGACGCCGCUUCGAGCCUCCCGACCAAAUGCGGGGUUGACAUUGGCAUCCCUAUCUCCAAGGCCAUUGACUGCCAGACGUAA